AUGGUCACGGGCAAACUUCGCCCGUGGGCGUCCCCCAUUACGGAGUCCCUGUCUCCCCAAGAGCGGGAGAGGGUCAUAGAUGCCCUCAUUCCACCAGAAGAGGGCAUCGGCCCUCGGGCACCUCGGCAGUUUGUUGAUGCCGAGGUGCCCGAAGUCUCCCUGGAGGAGAUUGCCCGGGCCCGGAAGCGCCUAGGGAACAAUAAGGCCCCCGGACCUGACGGGAUUCCGGGCAAUGCGUGGGCCCAGGCCUUGGAGGUCCUGUCCCCGUACCUGAGGCAGCUCUUCACGAGGCAGUACUUCCGGGACCGUUGGCUGGUGUACACCUGUCGGAGCGGCGAAGAGAUCAUCAGAUCUCAGUCGCGCGGUGUCCCACAAGAGUCGGUAGUUGGGCCGACCGUGUGGGACAUUGCAUUUGACAAGAUCCUGCGGGCUCCCCUGCCCCCACGCUGCCAAUGCUUUGCAUACGCCGAUGACGUGCUAUUAGUGGCGUGGGGGCCAGGAUGGGGGGAUGCGGUGAGAACCGCAGAGGAUGGAGUGGCCUGCGUUGCCCGAGCUGUGCGCGCCCUAGGGCUGGAGAUGGCGCCCCACAAGUCCGAGGCCGUCUUUUUCCACGACGGCCUCCGUGGGGCCCCACCUCCAGCACAAGUGAUAGUGGGGAACGUGCCCAUCCCAGUGGGGCCCAAGAUAAAGUAUCUGGGCCUCACACUGGAUGGCCAAUGGUCGUUCGAGGACCACUUUGUGGAGUUGGCCCCCAAAUUGGAGCGUGGGGCGGCAGCCAUAAGCCGUCUCAUACCCAAUCUCGGGGGCCCACAAGUGAUGGCUCGUCGCCUCUAUGCGGGGGCGGUCCGAUCGGUGGCCCUUUACGGGGCCACCCGUCGCGCCAAGUUAGUGGUGCGCCGCUUCGAGCGGAGGGUGGCAACCAGAGUCGCUCGCCUUUACCGGACCGUCUCCCAUAGGGUGGCGACGGCUCUCGCGGGGCUGGCCCCCAUUGCCCUCCUGGCGCCCGCGUACGCAUAUGCGUACGAGCGGGCGCGGAGGGCAACGGAUCAGGGGGUUCGGCUGACCGCGAGAGCCAAGGAGGUCCUUGGGCGACAGGCUCGGCAAAUGGCGCUGCAAGCAUGGCAGCGCCAACUCUCCGAUCCGAAUGACACAUCGGGUCGGAGAAGAGCCGAGGCCAUCCACCCCUGUCUGGCGAAGUGGCUAGACAGGGGAUGGGGCGGAGUCACGUUCCGGAUGGACCAGGUACUCACCGGACAUGGUUGUUUCGGUGAGUACCUGUGCAGGAUAGGGCGCGACCUUGGGCCACCCUGCCACCACUGUGGCGCAGACCAGGACACAGCGCAGCACACGCUGGAACAUUGUCCAGCGUGGGCGGACGAGCGCCGUGUCCUGGUCCAUCAUAUUGGACGGGACCUCUCGCUGCUGGCGGUCAUGAGUUCGAUCACCGAGAGCGAGAGGUCAUGGAGGGAGUUCGCCUCCGGGAACCCGAGCGUCCCGGAGGAUUGCGGCGCCGCGGGGGAAGGGGGAGAGAGCCAGCGGGUGGCUGACUCCCCCGUCCUGCGCGUCAGGGGGCGGAGGCUGGAGACUCCGCCGAGGAGCCCGUCGACGUCGGAGGCAGGACUCCGGACCGAGACCACCCCGCAGAAGGGGGGAGGUCCUCCCGCCGAAAGGGAGGACCCCCUGGUCGCCAUGGAGGCCAGAAUUAUGGCCUCCAUGGGGACCAUGGUCUCGCGGAUCGUCGCGGGGGCGGUGGCGCCCCUGGUGAGGCGCGGCGCGAGAGAGGGAGCGGAGCCGACCCACCAAGCAGGACAGGAGGAGCCAGGCAACGGCGGGACGGCGAAGAAAAAGAAGAAAGAGCAGCGGCCCAGUUCGGCGGUGGCUGGCCCGGCUAUCCGAGUCCCAGCCAGCGAGGAGGAGCAGCCGUGGUCGACGGUGGUGGGCAGGAGGGCCGCGAGGCCAACCGCCCAGCCACCGGCCCCCGCGGGUAAGGGCAAACCCGUGCCGGGCAAACCCGCCCCAGGUAGGGGGGCCAGCGGGGGGGGCAAACCCGCGACGGGCAAACCCUCCCUGCCCGGCGGUCGACCCGGCGCGAAGGGGCCGAAGCCCCCUAAGUCGCCAAAGACGGCGGCCGUCGUCAUCACGGCAGCCGACGGCGACUACAAGGGGGCCGUGGAGAAGGCGCAGAAAGGCGUGGACAUCGACGCCCUGGGGAUCGCCGCGCCGCGAGUGAGGAGGGCCCUGACGGGGGCCCUCAUCUACGAGAUCCCGGGGCCGGAGUCCGCCACCAAGGCGGACGAGCUGGCCUCUCGCUUGGUGAAGGUCUUUGAGGGGUCGGGUGUAAGGGUCACCCGACCCCUCAAGAAGGCGGAGUUGCGCGUCCGGCGACUGGACGACGCGGCUACGGAGGAGUCGGUGUCUCGGGCGGUCGCAGCCGCGGGAGGCUGCGACCCCCGAGACGUCGAAGUAGGGCCGAUCCAGAGGUCCCCAGACGGCCUGGGGACCUCUUGGAUCAGGCUUCCUGCGCAGGCCGGCGGAAAGGUCGCCGACCUGGGCAGGAUCAGGGUGCCUGGCGAAGGGGCACGUGCAAGCGACGUGCCCCAGUCGCGAGGACCGCCGAGACCUGUGCUACAGGUGUGGCGCGGCGGGUCAUCGGGCGCGCGGAUGCGCCGCUGA